UGCUGCCAAGUAAGAGCAUACGUCCACUUCAAAGAAAAGAAAGAAGGAAAAGAUCUCUCUUGUCUUUGGAUGUGUAUAACUUUGCAUGAUGAAGUUGCAAGCCUCACCGCCAAGCGAAGUCAGUGAAGCGAACAAUUCAGCCCAAGCACAUUAUACAUCAGCUGAGAUGAAUCAACAACAGUCAAAUCGAAAAUAUGACGAGCAGCUUUCUAAUCGUGAAUCAACGGCGUACAAACAGCAGAAUCUUGGAAGUUCUUCGACGGGGCCAGUUGCUUCAUCAUCAUCCUUGGCACAAUCACAUUCAUAUACACCUCUCAUUCAACAAUCCGAAAAAGACGAUGAUCAUCCGUUUACGCCACCUUCUCCAUAUAAUCGAUCAGCCGACAAACAAACAUUUUCACCUUCUCUUCAUCAUCAAGGUCAAUAUAUGCGUCAAAUUAGCGGACCAAAUGAUGAGCGGAGAAUGUAUGCAAAUGACUCCUCUUUUCUGAAAAAAUAUUCGGAGCCGCCAAAAGACCAUAAAAAUGCAAAUUUUGCCGAUCAAUACGAAAGUGGAAGGCUGAAUAAGUCGAGUGAGUUCAUUCAUAGGGAAAAAGAUUCAAAAACAGCGACAGUACAGUCGCAGGAUGAAGGCAGACCCCAAGACGGAAAUAUGAGCGGUGACCGCGAUGAAGCGGAUCCACACAAACAAAUACGGCGACAGAAAUAUCAAUUUAGCUAUAGCAAAAGCGAUAAUUUACCAGAAGACAUGGCAGUUGAUCAGUUUACAGAACGGCCGGAGAGUAAGAGAUCGCAUAUUGAAACGAAAUUAUACAAGAGCAAAAGCCGGGAUGAUCAUAAUAGCAGGUAUAACGAAACGGUGAAUAAUGACGUUGGUAGUGGAAAUGAGACUGUGCGCAAUAUAAACGAUCGUGCGACGGAUUCAUUUCGAUUUCACUCACCGCCUCAUCAGUUUUACAGUCAGUAUGAACGCCAAGGCCAGCAAGACUUCAAGCUUCUUCAUAGGGAAAAUCGUUCGGAACUGUCACAAUUUAAAGUCCAUCAUUCACCCGCUUCCAACUUUGCAAGACGUCAAAUUCCUCCUUUUGACUAUCAAGUAGGAAGGAAUUUAGGAUCAUCAAAGUUUGGUGAUAUGGCUACAAAGGAGGAUCAAAAUGAUGAAGAGGAUUCAACGUCAUCGUCUGUACAACAGCAAAACAAUACAAAAAUUCAGCGGAAUUCUUUCGGUUCUUCAAGUAGCUUAAGCGAGUUUCGAAGUGAUCAAUUGACGCGCAACAAUGAGAGCGAAGUCAACAAAUCAAGGCCGAUCAACGUGCCAAAAUUGUCUUCAUCAGCAGAUCAGACUAGUCAACAACAACAUUCAGGCCGAACUGCUUCGUUCAUGUCAUCACUCAUGCGUGCAGCAAGAAGCCCUGAUCCACAAACGCCCACUAUUGUCAAUAGCCCGAUGAGCAUACAUUCAAUCAUUGGAGGUCGUUCUUCUAGCCCGGUCAAUAGUAAUAACGAACGAAGGACAAGGAAACGAAGGACUUCAUCUGUUCAAGAGCCCUUGCAAGGAUCAGCAUUAGAGUCUGCCUUUAGAGCGCGAAGUUCUCCUCGUUUGUCAGAUUUUCCACAAAGAAGCUCUAUGCCAAUUUCAAGAUCGAUGCAUUCCGAUACGGAGUCAUAUAGCCAAAAUAGAGCGGACCCUUCUCGACCAUCUUUUCAACCUUUUGAGACGCUCAGAAAUGACACUUUUGGCGAUCGAAGGGGUGUACGACAAAGUAUGCCCGGUGUGACAUUCAAUCCUAGCUCUGGUGCUGUUCAGAGAAAUGCGGAUGAAGCACAACGGUACAGCCAAUCAGACCACCGCACACAUCCAAUUGAUACGACCUUUCGCUACCUUGGUGCCGGUCGAUCUUCCGCUUCACCUAUGUCGGCAUAUAACUUGAGCGGGUCGCAAAGUGAGGGUGAGCGAAUAAUCACGGAUCAAGGUGGCAAUAUUUCUUACAUUUCGAGAUCUUACGCUCCAGUACCUUCUUUCGAUCAGCAGAAUUAUCAUCGAAGCAUAGAUCAUCAUCGAUCCCUUACUGAUUCUUCCCAUGGAAGUCGUUCAGCAGAGCCUAUUGCAUCAUAUUCCGCACGAUCGCCAGUAGAAAAGAGACAAUCGAGUGAAGGAAGCAGUUUACAGUAUCCGAGAAAGACUAACGAAAAUGCACAGGCUGUCGAUCCUAUGCAAUGGAGUACGGAAAUGAAAUCAAGAGCCAUAAAUGAGCAAAAGCGAUGGUCUUUCACUGCUAUGCCCGAUAAAAGAAGACAAGUAAAACAAAGCGUAUGGGACGCUCGCAUACAUCUUCGAACAGCCUCUUCCUAUUGGCCUCCUAUGGCAAGUAAUGUGACCACGAUUCGAUGCAUGUAUGCCAAUAUCGCACAAAAGAGUUAUGGCAGUGAAAAGCGUUUUCUUUGUCCACCUCCUUCGGUGAAGAUAAAUGGCCCUCUUCGUCCUUGCAAAUGGAUAAGCAUGCGAGUCAUCUCGGGAGAUUCAGUCACUCCGAGCGUUGGAAUGAUUUCUGCAAGCGCUCAUUCAGGCAGCAGUCAAAGCUCACACGGUAAGGCAGGCUCAGCAAGUUCUGCUGUUAUAGCAACUGGAGGCGGAGAAGAAGCGGCACUUCUUGAUCUGAACGGAGAAGCAAAGUUUGGUAAAUUGCACGUAGGAAGCGUUUCAGAUGCAACAAACAAAGUUUUUCGAUUGCAAGUUAAUCUUCUCAGAGCAGAUUUGCCAGGUGAUGAAGGUAAAGCAGCUUUACGUAAUAUGCAAGAUGGCUCGAGUCCUUUGCAAUUGCCAUUUAAUGCAUGGUCAACGUUUCAUUCGGCUCCAAUCAAUGUGAUCUCAAAACCUGCCAGAAAGUCGGUUCGAACUCGGGCCGCCUCUCCUGCAAUUGCAAGUGGUUCAGUGGUCUGUCUUUACAAUCGAUUGAACUCACAAACAGUUCGAACAAAGUAUCUAGGUGUGGAAACAGGUGCGAUCGAAGAUGUUGCUCAAGUUGAAGUUGCUCGCAGGCUUGUCGCUCGACAAGAUGGCUGGGAAGGAUUUUCAAUCGAAUUAUUGGCACGUCCCGUAAAUGAUCCGGCGAUUGCUAGAGCCAAUUCAAAAGGCUAUCAAACUGACGAUUGGGGAAUAACGUACGGUAGCAUAGUUUGUUUGCGUGAUGUGAACACGAAAUUAUGUUCUGAUCCAAUGUUGAUUUGCAAAGUGGAUAAAGGGAAAGUUGAAUUGUCAGGCAUCUUUGGCAACAAGACAGGACAAUUGGCAAGAUUUCAAAUCACAUCAAAGCAUCGAGAAGAAGCUCGUCAGAUUUUGUUCGGUGGUUCUCGUGGUGAAAUCUCGACCUUGAACGAUACAUCUUCAUCUUCACAGCACUCGACAAGAGAGAAAGCAUCGGGGAUGCCCAGUCUCUCGUCUCUAACCGGCUCAGGCGGUCAAGAUCCUGGCAGUAUGGCAUUUGACGGUCAAUUUGAUAGCUCCAGUCCUGAAAUCAGUACCGUCGCAGGCGGUCCUGUGAUUCAGAUGCAGAAGGUCACAUUGAUGCACAUCACUCCUUUGCCCAGUCGUGAUUCACCUGAUAUCGUGGAGUGCAAUCUAUCUUCAGCUCGAUCUUAUCUUUGUUCUACGGUGAAUGAGAAUGCGGAGAAUGAAGCAAGCCUGGCAGCCAUUGCAAGAUCACAAGCACGUCUACGAUCUCGCUCACAUGCUGUGAGACAAGGUCAAUUAGGUUUGCCUAUGGAAGUGCUAGAACCUCAAGCAAGUCCUACUGUUCCAAAAGGAGACUAUAAGGGCAACAGCCCAACGCGAAGCUUGCAAAGUGGUUCUUCUCCGACAAAUGCUUCCAAUGCAUCAGUCGGUGCUAUGCACGACUACAUCCAUUCUUUGCAAUCUCAACCUGCCCCUGUUGGAUUUGCACGACCACCAGCUCUUGUGAACAGUUCAUCACAAGUCAAUAAUCAAAAUCAGAUUGAUCUGUUGGAAGAUCAAUUCUGUUGGACAAUUGUAACAAUUUCGUGUACGGAAGUGUCUUACAUCGAAGCAAAUGCCGUCUCUCCCGAGAUUGCGGAUGUUAAAGGACGAUUAAACAUCAAGCCCAAAGUACAAUCUGAACCCAGAAGUCCUCACGUACCUCUGGCGCCUUUGCCAAUCACGCCGUACCCAUGCUUUGCUGCUCUUCCAUCGUACGACUCACGCUCUCAUUCGCUGGCAGCAACAAUUCACGACUAUCUCUAUGCAGAUGAUUUGGAUGCAGCAAGAUCGAUUCCCAAUACCGUUUCCGCCGUUCAUGCACUUUCCAAAAAGGCAGCUCAUGAAGUCUGGUUAGGACAUUCGGAACCUUUGCAAACCCAUGCUUCUUCUGCUGGACCGCAUAUGUCGGAUGUUACGAUCAAAUUACCAGGAAUGGAAGAAUUGAUGAGUUUGCAUAUUGAAUUUCAUGCAAACCCACACGAUGAAAGAUUCAUUCAAAAAUUGAAAGCUGAAGGAACAUCUUUGAUCAAAUUACCAAUCGUUUUUGUACGUGUUGCACAAGGUGUUUCAUUCCCUUCUGGUCAUUGGCUUUUGGCCGAGUUUGGGUCAAAUCAACAUAUGGGCAAUCCUGCUCGCAGUCCGUAUGACCCAAUGGCGUGGACUAUUCGUAUCAUUUAAGCAAAGCACACAAUAAUUGCAAGAAUAUAAAACAAGACUUGUAUAUCAAAUCGAUUCCUACAGUAUAAACAGUGCAAAAGUCAAUAAUUCAGCAUCAUCACAUGCGUCCUCUUCGUUAACAACUUUCACCUCAUCUUUUCUGCCCUUGCCUCUUCACCUUCAUACAUAGUAUUUUACUUUAUCAAACCGUCUCGCUAAUUCGCAUUACUCAUGUACGUACGCAUUUGCAACCUCU